AUGGCAGGAUGCUGGAAAAUGGUGAAAAGUGGUGUAAAGAGCUGGCACGAGGGGGCCCCCCUCCCGCUCCCCCCUUUCCCCAUCGGCCUCCCCCCACUCCCUCCCCCUCCCCCGGCCUCCCCCCACUGCUUCCCCCCAUCGGCCUCCCCCCUCCCCCCCGGAUUUCCCAUAGGCCCCUUCCCCAUCCGGCCUCCCCUCUGGUCGCCCGCUCCACCCCCCCUUCCCCCCGCUCCCUCCCCCUCCCCUCCCCCCUCCUCGCGAAUCCCCAGGCCUUCCCCCGCCACCGCUCCCCCCUCCUCCCCCUCCACCCCCUCCCCCUCCCUUCCUCCUCCUCCUCCUCUCCCCCUCACUAUCACUCUCCUCCCCCUUCUCCCGAUCCUCCCGUAA